GACAGACAGACAGACAGACACAGCGCCCAGCCGCUGCUCUCCAGGCAUCUUGGCAGGCGCGCUCCUCGGCACCCACAGCUGCGAGAGGCGGGGGAAAGAAACCCAACCCAAAGCCAAAACACCCCCCUCACCUUUAAAAAAAACCAGCCCUCCUCCAGGUAGGGGAAUAUGACGGCCUUGCAGCUGAAAGAGUUGUCACAUUCAGGUCUGUACAGGAGGAGACGGGAUCGUCCCGACAGUGUCCUGCCCGGGUCACAGGAAGAGAGCCUGAGCAACAUGGCUAACGCGCUUGCCAACGCCAUCUGCGAGCGCUGCAGGGGGGGCUUUGCCCCUGCCGAGAAAAUUGUCAACAGCAAUGGUGAGCUGUACCACGAGCAGUGCUUCGUCUGCGCCCAGUGCUUCCAGCAGUUCCCCGAAGGGCUCUUCUAUGAGUUUGAAGGGAGGAAGUACUGUGAACAUGAUUUUCAAAUGCUUUUUGCCCCUUGCUGCCAUCAAUGUGGUGAGUUCAUUAUUGGCCGUGUUAUUAAAGCCAUGAACAAUAGCUGGCAUCCAGAGUGCUUCUGCUGUGAUAUCUGCCAGGCAGUAUUGGCUGAUAUUGGAUUUGUCAAGAAUGCUGGCAGACAUCUCUGCCGUCCUUGCCAUAACAAGGAAAAAGCCAGAGGCCUGGGAAAGUACAUUUGCCAGAAGUGUCAUGCUAUUAUUGAUGAACAACCUCUCAUAUUCAAAAAUGAUCCUUAUCACCCUGAUCAUUUCAACUGUGCAAACUGCGGGAAGGAACUUACUGCUGAUGCUCGUGAGUUGAAAGGAGAACUCUACUGCUUACCCUGCCAUGACAAAAUGGGUGUCCCCAUCUGUGGGGCUUGUAGGAGACCAAUUGAAGGCCGUGUGGUGAAUGCUAUGGGCAAACAAUGGCAUGUGGAGCAUUUUGUUUGUGCAAAAUGUGAAAAACCAUUCCUGGGUCAUCGUCAUUAUGAGAGAAAAGGCUUGGCAUAUUGUGAAACCCACUACAAUCAGCUGUUUGGUGAUGUUUGUUUCCAUUGCAACCGUGUGAUUGAAGGAGAUGUUGUGUCUGCUCUGAAUAAGGCAUGGUGUGUGAACUGUUUUGCUUGUUCAACUUGCAACACUAAGUUAACCCUCAAGAAUAAAUUUGUUGAGUUUGAUAUGAAGCCUGUGUGCAAAAAAUGUUACGAGAAGUUUCCUCUAGAGCUGAAGAAAAGACUGAAGAAAUUAGCUGAAACUUUGGGAAGGAAGUAAAGACUUCAUCUGCUCUCCUCUUCCUUUGUGAAAAUCUUACAGAUAAAUACUUUUGGGGUAGGGGGGAGUUGCUGCUUUGAGGCUGCAGUCAGACAACAGAUGCUGAUGCAUGCCUUCUAUCAACCCAAAAUAUAUUAAGAUUCUCUGUUCUCUAUACAUGAUGCUUACUUGUUGACAAACAGACCAUACUUCCAAAAUAAAUACCAGCUCACCUGAAAGGUUUUUGACCAAUAAUGCCAUUGUACUGAUGCAGGUAGCCCGUUCUAUACACUAAUUCUCUGUGGAACUCUUCAGAGAGAGAAAAUUUGCUUGUGAACGCCAUCUGUGAAAACAAACUUUGCAAAUGUGCCCAACUUUAGGGACGUGUAUUGUCAUUUAUGUUAGUGAAAAUAUUAACCUUCAUAUUAAGCAUGCAGACAAAACUCACCCAGCCCAAGUGAUUUGGGCAGGAAACCAGGACACUUUGCCUCAUGGAAAAGUUCACACUUGAAGUUCAGGCUGAGUCAGCUCAUUAAGGAGCCUUGUUUCAGAUGGUUUGAAAACUAUCAGAUUUCUAAAUACAGCCACUGUACAAAUGACAUACAUAAAAUGAUAAACAUGAUAGAUUAUGCUUACAUGGAGAAUGUUUCUACAUCAGGCUUAGCAUGAGAUACUUAUAUAAAAAAUGUAUUCCUAUUGCAAGAAAUGAGCAUACUCAGAACUACUUGAAUUUUGCUAUAUUCCACGUAAAAUAACACAUUAACUUCUAUAUAUGCUUUUGCAUUCUAUUUACUUUUUGUGCCUUAUUCUGCUGGACCAUACAUAACAGUGUACCAUUAAAUAGAUAUACUUUUAUAUUUUAUUUCAUAUUUUUAUGCAGAAACUAUUAUAGAAGGUAUUUUCAAAAGAUAACAUACUUUGCCUUAAUUAUACAGGAUGCAAGAAGUACUUUAUUUGAAAUGUGAACAUCUGCAUUUAAAAUGUAGCUUCUAGACUUCAUUGAUUUUCAGAACAAUACUGAAAAUGCGUAUUUCAAUUAACUGGCAAUAUUACUUUUACACCUCUGUGUGUAAAUAUGCAAGGUUUGAUCCUGCUAGGAUCUACUUUAGCCAUCUUCAAGGACUGAGCUUACAAAUAAUAAAAAUACUUUAUAACAUACAUUUAAUAGUUUUAUACUGUUGAGUUCUGUCCAUGCAAAUUUUUUUUAUUUUUCCCUUUGUUAUAGAAAAUACAGCUACUUAGGUCUUCAUGAUGGUACGAAGUAUGCAAACUUUUUUUUUAUUUUUAUACAUUAAUGACUUAAACAGAUUUUAUGUAAUUAUGUAACAGGAAGUAAAAUUUUCUCUCCUGUUUAUGAAAAAUUAGUUACUUUAAAACAUCUGCUUUCCUGUGUCAUCAAUAAAGGCCAUGUUAUUAAACCUU